CCACUAUCCGCAACAGAACGACGACCUUUCGACAAAUCCAGCAAGUCCAAAAAGAAGUUUUCGACGUUUUUUCCGAAAUCAUUAAGAGGUCAAACAAUGAAAUCACAACCAACAAUGACUAUUGACCAACCCCACAACGAACUCGUGUUCCCAGAAAUCCGCCUUCCCUUAUGAAUCCAAUGUUUACCGUCCCAAAUUAAUGGAAAUUCAAGGCUACGAAGAUAAAUACUUCCACCAGUUCCGCGAUCCAUCCCGCUUCAUCGCCUUUUUCACCACUCCCUUAACUCCAGCUGGUUUAACCAUCUUUUCGGGUGAUAUGCCACACAACAUGCCUAUGCGGUUUCCACUCUUCAACUCUUCCGCGAUAACUCAUCUCCACCCAAAUCCAAGUACGCUUCGCACCAAUGACGAGAUCAACAAGUUCGUCGCAACUCUGCUUCACAACUCGCUUCCAGUUCGCAUCUAUCAACCGACUAGUAGUUUACACCGAAUGUUUGAAUACCUGCGCGGUACUUCUACCUUAUCCUUAGCGGGACUCCAAUUCAAAUGGUUAUCUUCUUGGAAUGGCUUACUUUCUUAGACCAUCUGACUUGCACCGA